AUGAGUACCGCGGGAUCAUUCGAAGCUAUCACUGGGGAAAAGCGUCGUGUGGCUCAUCGACCCAAUGAAUCAGUGAAAGAUGUCAUACGUGGGUUGGCUUUUAAGAAACAAUCCGUUGCACAGAUGGUAAAUUUGCUGACAUCAAAGAAUGGCAGAAAGGACAGUCGAGUACAGCUUCAACAUGGAUCAAAAGAAGUGAAAAAAACACGACCAUUUCAUCGUAGCCGACGUUUGAUGUCAUCCUCGGAAGAGGAGGAGGAGGAGGAAGAAGAAGAAGAAGAAGAAGAAGAAGAAUUAAUUGAAAAUGGAUCAGAUGAUGAGGAUUUGAAAUUUUUGGAGGCACCACGCACUACUACCAGUUGGAGAGAACAGAGUUCAGAUGCAGAAGCGGAUGAGGAUAAAAAAGAAUUAUCCGAAGUAUCUUCAAGAAGCCUCCGAGCUAUACCAAAUAUCAUGCAGAAAGAUCUAACUUUUGAGGAAAGGCUUCAAACGUUAACAGACAGCGAGUCAGGUGAUCAAAAAACGGAUGAAAAAGAACCAGUGAAAUGGUUAUGUAAGCCACGAUUAAAUGGUUUUUUGAAACAAGAUGAUACACAUGUAGCCACUCAACCGACUACAAAGAGAGGUGGACGGAAGAGAGCAAUCAUUUCUUCAUCCAGUGAUGAAAAAUCCGAGAGCGGCGAAAAACGAGUUCCAAUAAGUUUGAAAAUGAUGGUGAAGAAAGUUAAAAAGCACAAGAAAUACGUGAAUUCAAGUAGUGAGGAAAGUGAAAGUGAUGACGAACAUUAUGACUCGGAUAGUUCGGCGCGAAUAGGCAAGAGCGAUAAUAAUAGUGAAAAUGGUCAGAUUGUGCGGCGACGAAAUAAUCAAAACACUCCAUCGAUGGUUUUGAAAAAUUGUUGUGUAACGUUUUUUAACGAAGCUAAUCGAAAUAUGUUGAUGGCAACCCCACGCAUAAAUGAUAAAGUAGCAGAUUUUAUAAUCAACAAUCGGCCGUUUCGAGAUUAUGAUGAUUUGGAAUCUCGCCUUUUGCAAUGUCCACGUGGAUCAUAUGCUGCUGAGCAAUAUUUAGACUUCUUGGAAAAUCGCAGUAUACUGGAAAAUAUCUUGGAUGACUGUCGUCGACAUUCAGAAGAAAUUUAUUCUGCUUUGGAUUCGAUUAAAUCUAAACAGUUGCAAAUGAAGCCAAAACUGCUAAGUGAAGAGUGCCAACUUCAUCCAUAUCAACAAAUUGGUCUGAAUUGGCUUAUGAUGAUGCAUAAACUAAAACUGAAUGCUAUUUUAGCUGAUGAAAUGGGUCUUGGAAAGACGGUUCAAGUAAUAGCUUUUAUAACUUAUUUAAAGAGUGAGCAAAUCAAGGGACCACACUUAAUUGUUGUACCUUCCUCGACAAUUGAGAAUUGGCUUAGUGAAUUUUCAAAAUGGUCUCCGAAAGUCAAUAUCAUUACGUAUUAUGGUAGCAUUGCUGAUCGGAGGCAGUUGCGACACAUGGCAACUGAUAAAAAUAUAGAUGUUUUACUGACAACUUAUAAUAUGGUUGGAUCUAAAACAGAAGAUCGGAAAUUUUUCAAGCGUUUUCGAAUAAACUAUGUUAUUUAUGAUGAAGGCCAUCUAUUGAAGAAUUGUAAUACCGAUCGAUACAAAAAUCUUAUGAAAAUUCAUGGUGAGAGGAAAAUUUUAAUUACUGGCACACCUCUUCAAAACAAUCUUGUUGAGCUAAUUUCAUUAAUGUACUUUACAAUGACGAAAUUGUUUACAAAAUAUUGUGAUGAUAUUGGACAACUUCUACAACAAUUUCAGCAGAAAAUACCUGCAUUGGAAGCCAAAAAUGGUGCACUGUAUGAAGCUGAUAAAAUUGAACAAGCAAAAGCAAUCUUGAAGCCAUACAUUUUACGAAGAUUAAAAGUAGAUGUAUUGAGUUAUUUACCAAAGAAAAAGGAUCGUGUGAUCAAGUGUCAGAUGAUUAGGGAACAAAAAGAGAUCUACACAGAUUUGAUACGUGAGUUUCGUUUGCUAGAAUCGAAUGGUGAAAAAUACACUUCAAGCCCAUUAAUGCAAUUGCGACAAGUGGCCAAUCAUCCUUUAUUAUACAGGCGGUUAUAUAAUGAUGAUAAAGUGAUUCAAAUUGCCGAAGUUUUGUGCUCAAAGGAAAAUGAAUACCGUAAAAAGAAAUCAGAUCAUGUCGCAGAAGAUCUUGCUUUUUUAUCAGAUUUUGCAAUUAGCCAAUUAUGUUCAAAAUUUACCUCGACACAGAAAUUCAUCCUCAAUGAAGAGGUCGCACUUGAAUCCGGAAAACUUAGGGAAUUGGAUAAAUUGUUACCUUCGAUCAAAAAAAAGGGUGAUAAAGUGCUAAUAUUCAGUCAGUUUACAUCAAUGAUGGAUAUUCUUGAAGUAUACCUCAGAUUGCGUGACUAUCAAUAUUGCCGUCUAGAUGGCUCAACUCCGGUUAUGGAAAGGCAAGAUGUGAUCAAUGAAUAUAAUUCAUCGCCUGAUUUAUUUGUCUUCCUAUUGUCUACGAAAGCUGGUGGUUUGGGUAUCAAUUUAACUGCAGCUAAUCAUAUCAUAUUGCAUGACAUUGAUUUUAAUCCAUAUAACGACAAACAAGCAGAAGGAAGAUGUCACCGUAUGGGUCAAACGAAAGAAGUUUUUGUUGUGCGUUUAAUAUCUGCUGAUACAGUUGAGGAGGAAAUGUUAGCUCUUGCUCAAAAGAAGCUUGAACUUGAGAAAGAAGUAACGGGUGCUAGCACAGCAGAAAAUAGCGAGAUGGAAAAUUUGAUUGUCGAAAAGCUUCUCAAAAAGGCGCUUGCAUUGUAA